AGAUCGAAAAUUAUAUAAACUGGGAUUAAAAGGAUUUUAUGUCAAAGAUGACAAUGACAGUACAGGGGAGGAACAAGCAUCUGAGGAGGAGAACCAUUGUCCCAGUGGGACGUUAAAGGUGGACACUAGUCAUGCUCUUGACUUGGAAGAGGUUGAACUAGACUCCGAGGCUGAGCUUAUGAAGAGUAUGGGGUUGCCUCUUCAGUUCGGUGGGCAGCCAGCCCACAGGCACUUCGUGGGAAAAGAAAAUUACAGAAGGAGAAGUAACAUGAAGAUUGUGAAAAAGAAAAAGAAGGAGUUAAAGCAAAAACACAAGGAUAAAAUAGGGCAGGAAUGUCAGGAUGGAGUUUGUGGUGGUUGUAGCCAGUCCGUUUCUGAUGAGCCAGCCGUAGCUACAGAGCAAAGUGAGAAGAUUAGCAAAACUCAGGUUAUAGGUGAAGGGAACUGUGAAAGCUCAGAAAGUCUUGCUAAUGCGGCUUUACCCAGUGAACUUAAAGAAAAAUGGGAGAAGUACUGGAGCGAGUACGGAGAAGGCCUUCUUUGGCAAAGUUGGUUGGAGAAGCAUCAAGAGGUCUCAUCAUCUGAGGCCACAACAGCCUCCGAGCCCUGGAAUAGUGCAGACACCAAGGAAGAGUGGGAGCAGCAUUAUAGUGAACUGUACUGGUAUUACUGGGAACAGUUUCAGUACUGGACAAAUCAGGGAUGGACUACUGAGAGCUCACAUGGUGACAACGCAGGAGCUGGUGCGGUUACCCAGGAGACUGGUCUUUCAGAAAGAAUGGACUUGGCUAGCCCAGGUGAAGUGCUGAGCUUAGAGCUGUCUCCCACUAACCCCAAAAGUGAGGAAACACUCCUUUCAUGUGUGGAGCCCCACAGUGAAAUAAUCUCUGGGAUUUGUAAUUUAAAUCUGAAUUUGGAGGAAGUGGAGCAGAGCAGUGCUGCUCUAACAGUCACCCACCAAGAGCCUCAAGAGCAUGAUUCAUCUGACAGUGAAAGCCAGUGUCCUUGUAUUUCAAGCCAGAAGGAGCCCUGUGAUGGAGGAACCAGGAAAAGGAAUGCAUCUUGUGAAAAUGGAAGUAUUAAUCAGUCAGGUAAUACAAAAUCAGGUUCACAGGGGUCAUGUAGCUCGAACGCAUGUGACAAAGAACAUUCACUGCUUCGUGACAGAGAUGAAGAUGAGGAUGAAGAGCCUCCUGAAUACAGACAUGCCAAAGUCAAGAGAAGCCACGAACUGGAUGUGGAUGAGAACCCAGUGGAAAAUCCUGAGGAAACCUGCUCUGUUUUGGGUCUCAAGUGUGGCACAGGACAAAAGUAA